GUAGACACCACAGUUCAAGAUGUUUGCCCUAGUGAUCGUGGUCGCUGCUUUGCUUUCAACAAUUUCCGCCACCGAUCACGUUCCGUUCGAGCGGGCCAUCGAAGUCUGCGGUCGAGAUCUGCAGGUCUGCGAAACCCGGCUAUCGUCCUAUCGAUCACUGCUCUUCCCAGACGAUCGCGAUACCCACUGCUUCGUCAAGUGCGUCCUGGUGGAACUCCGCGCCUGGACCAACCCCCGCGGAACGAUCAAGCACUCCGUCAUCCAGCAGUACUUCAAACCGGACGUGGUCGACUACGACUACGAGCAGCGAACGCGACGCUGCCUGGAGCAGACCCUGCCCACCUACGACUCCAACCCGUGCUCGCAAGCGUACUGGUCCUUCAUCUGCUACAAGAACAACUACGGCAACUUUGACAUCCACGCAAACCAGUUCGUACCACCGACAGAACUCCAAAUCUCCCAGAACCUGCUCGACUGCGUCGACGUGCUGAACAUCCCCCGCGACAGCCUGAUCGUGGUCAAGCAGAACGCGACGGCUUCGUGCUUCUCCCGGUGCUUCCUGCAGCGAUCCAGCAUCUACGACGACGCCGCCGGGCUGGACUUUGAGCGGCUGUACGUGCUGGUCGGGUUCGACGCCGAGAAGGAACCGUUCAUCGAAAAUGCCCGCGCACAGCUGGCCGGCCUGACGGGGGUGGAACAGUGCUCGGACGCGUGCCAGGCCGCGGUCAUCCCGGAGCGGUUCUACAAGGAGCAGCUCGUCAAGAUCUUCAAGACGGACGGAACGCGCGAUGCGUCGUUUGUGUUUGAUUUGAAUAAUUUGUGAACGGUUGACAAUAAACUUGUAGAACGGUAAUGGAUCUCCUUUGACUUGGCGACAACGUUGUGGGGUUAGCUGUGGGUGGGAACUUGAAACUAAUCCUUUGUCAAACUCU